AUGGAGCGGACUCCCUCGCCAUCCCGUCGCCUUCACACUCCUCCGGCACCCCUUCAUGGCGCCAAACACGACACUUACGAGCCAUUCUCACCUCGCCGGUCCAGCAGAGUCGCCGCCCAACGUGACCAGACUCAACAACCACCUUCACCUACUCGCUCACGACCAUCUCGAGCUACACGCGCAGUGACGCCAACGACUACGAGGAAGAACAACGCCAGACCCAACACAAUCUUCCAGGGUCUAUCACCUCCAUCCUCACCCAACUCUCCGCGUCAACUCCACUCACCUCGCACAACGCGUCGUGCCCACUUCCACGACAACAUCGAUGAACCUGAAUGCGACCUGGUAGCUCCCACCCCUGGUAGAAGGUUUCUUUCGGCGAUCGAUUCGCGCGCAAUGCUCCCAACUCCAGCCAAGACCCCAAGGAAGCGUCCUUUGCAAUCCGAGGAAUCACUUCAGCCGACCGCGCGAGUUUUGUUUCCCUCUCGACCAGCCAAUAUCGAAGAAGCCAUGCCCACCCCGCACAAGAACCGCAAGUCUAAGAGGGACUUCCUCACUCUGGAUAGCUUUGAAGAUCAUACCGAGGAGCAGAAGAUCGAAAUCUACACAGAUUCAAAGGAGCGCAUUCCUACAGCCGAUGAAGAUGAAGACAACCCAUUUGUGACUCCUAGCCGCAGGAGGCAACCCAGGAGUAAGGCACAUAGCGCACCAAAGGCCCGAAAGGCCGGCACCGCAACGGACAGAAUGCAGGAAGCCGUCAACCGUGACGAGGGGAUGAUCUACCUAUUCCGCGGAAAGAGGGUCUAUCGCAAGUUCGACGAUGUUCCCGCAGGGCACACCUCAGAUGAACCGGAGUUUUCUGGAGAUGAUCUUCGUAAUCCAGCAGGCCACGAGGCUCGACGCCCUCUUACUCGAUCAGCUAUCAAGCCACGCUUGUUAUUCCAAGAAGAGAUUAAGCAGCAGCGACAGCGCCAGAUGGGCCCCGACGACGUAGACGAAGAGGCAGUAACCGACAUUGAAGUUCCAAUCGCUACCCCAUCAAAGCGUAGAGUCCGACACGAAUCUCCCGUGAAGCAGCAGGAGAUUACGCCUCCACCAAUUGCCAGACCCAAAAGAGAAAUUUCUUUCGAUUCUUGGAGUCGGGUCAAAUCUUCUACCAGCGAUAGAAGCUCCAACUCUUCGCGUGCUGGCAAGAAGCGUGCCGGCGAUCCACUGUCUGGCGGACCCGAGAAGCGCACGAGGAGUGAACAGUCUUCAGCCUAA